AUGUCAGACAUCACCCACCCAACAAUCAAGGAUGGCUGGUUCCGUGAGAUCUCUGAGAUGUGGCCGGGCCAGGCCAUGACUCUCAAGGUCAAGAACAUCAUCCACCACGAGAAAUCCAAAUACCAAGAUGUCCUCAUCUUUGAGUCCACCGACUAUGGAACCGUGUUGGUUUUGGACAACGUGAUACAAUGCACCGAGCGCGACGAGUUUGCCUACCAAGAAAUGAUUACCCAUUUGGCUAUGAACUCGCACCCAGACCCAAAGAAAGUCCUUGUCAUUGGAGGAGGCGACGGAGGUGUGUUGCGUGAAGUCAUUAAGCAUGACUGUGUCGAGGAGGCCAUCCUGUGCGACAUCGAUGAGGCUGUUAUUCGAUUGUCCAAGAAGUACCUCCCAGGAAUGGCUGUGGGCUUCCAACACCCAAAAGUGAAGGUCCACGUUGGAGAUGGAUUUAAGUUUUUGGAUGACUACAAAAAUGAGUUCGAUGUCAUUAUCACCGACUCAUCGGACCCAGAAGGCCCGGCAGAGUCUCUCUUCCAAAAGCCCUACUUCGAGCUCCUAUUCGGCGCACUCAAGGAAGGUGGCGUGAUUACCACACAAGGUUCUGAGAAUCAAUGGCUUCACUUGCCACUGAUCACCAAGUUGAAGAAGGACUGCAAGGAAGUAUUCCCAACGGUCGAGUAUGCUUACACUACCAUUCCGACCUACCCAUCUGGCCAAAUUGGCUUCAUGGUCUGCUGCAAAGACGCCAACCGUGAUGUUACGAAGCCAUUAAGAAGCUGGACCGCAGAGGAAGAAGAGAAGGUCAACCGCUAUUACAAUGCCGAUAUUCACAAAGCUUCCUUCAUUCUCCCAACCUUCGCUCGUAAUGCGUUGAGAUGA